GCCCAUUUUAAAGAAGCAUGGGGCUUGCAAUGUUUCAAAUUAUGAUAAUUGAAGUGUGGUUUAUCUUGUAUACAAGUUUGAGAGUGAUGGGAGAUGUACUCCUUUGCCAUAGGAUAUUCCCAAUGGGUAUAUGGUAUUAGGAUGGAUUAUUAGACUAGGGAAUGGUUCACAUAUUUACUGCUAGAGCUCUUUCUUUAACUCCUCCCUUGUUCGCCAUUAGCAGGUAUACUUACUUCUGCCUCUCAACCUAUUCUGAUCAUGCACUGGAUUUUACAAGGAAUAAGUAUUUCUUGUUUGGAACUCUUAUUUUGGGUCCAGCUAAGGUUGCAAGCAUUCCUUCAAAGUUAUUCUUUUCUUUUCAAUUUAGCAAGCUACUUUAAAUUUUGGAUCAUAACUUUCUACCACUUCUUACGGAUAGGAGCCCGAGUUUCAGAUUUACAUAUCUCCAAUAAAUUCUUGUUGUCAAUCUCUAACCAUGGAUGAACCACCUCCCUAUUACAUUCUCCAAAUACACGAUUAUGAAGAAUUUAAUAAUGCAGUGGAGAAAUACGAAUCAGAAGUUUUUGAAGCUAAAGGCUGCAAAUGGAAAUUGGUUCUAUAUCCAAGGGGAAACAAGAGCAAGGAAGUGCCGCAUCACAUCUCUCUCUACUUAGCACUAGCAGACUCUGUUGAGCAUGAAGAGGUCUAUGCAGUUUUCUGCCUGUAUUUGCUUGAUCAGGAAAAGCAGCACGACUUUAUAUUCCCAGCCCCAGAUGCUCAGGGAAAGGAAAGAUGCUUUCACAAAUCAAAGCUUGAAUGGGGUUCUGAUUUAUUCAUUCCUAUCACUAAAUUUUCUGACGCUAGUAACGGGUACCUUGUGAACAACACUUUUGUUUUGGGAGCGGAAGUGAUCUCUGUGCGCAAGGAAACAGUAACUGGCAAAGGAGAGUCCUUUAAGAUGACAAAGGAACUCCCUGAUACCAAGCUAGCAUGGAAGAUCAAAAAAUUUUCCAAGAUAAAAGAAAAAUGUUGUCGCAAGAUAUUCACUGCUGGAGAUCAACAGUGGGAGUUAGAGUUCUAUCCUAAGGGGACAGGACUUGGAGAAAAUUGCUUUCUUUCUCUAUAUUUAGCUUUGGCGGAACCUAUUCCUCCUAGCUCUAAAAUAUACACACAUGUCACUCUGCGCCUCGUGGAUCAAGCCAAGGACAGGCACAUUAUUGGUAAAGAAAAUUUCUGGUUCAGUGAGUCAACCCCAAGACAAGGAUGGUCAAGAUUCACUGCACUCCAUUAUCUUUAUCGAUCAAAGAAGACCCUUCUGGUUAAUGACACAUGUAUUGUGGAAGCAGAAGUCAAAGUGCUUGGAGUUGUAAAGAAUAAUGCAGCUCUAUUUGCAUCGAGUUCAUAAACAAGAUUACUGUUGGCAUACGUUUAUUUUUCAUUCUUUCAUUGAGAAGCGAUAGGUUAGUGGUAAGUGUAACAUCUCAACCCGGCUACCUAUGCUAUGCUCGCUAGGCUGCCGAUUUCAGAUAAAACCCAAGUAUAAUAACUUCACUUAAAAGAUGUUUUCUAAAUAAAUGAUAAUGGAAUCUGAUAACAUUACAGAAGUAAUACGAAUUAUUUAAUGAGAUACCAGAUCA